UCAAAUCUUGCAGUGGGUGCUUGUGGAGACGUCGUUUCUGACGUAUAUAUGCCACCGUCCAUUACGUCUUCUAAGGAUACCGAUGAAGCGUGUUCGGAUGUCUUCAAGUUGGAUUCGACGGCUCUCAACAAACAACCCGAGGAAGUAUUUGACAUAGUUGGAAAACUAGGUGAAGGUUCAUAUGGAUCAGUGCAUAAGGCAGUUCACCGGGAGUCCGGCCACACUUUGGCUAUCAAGAAAGUACCAGUUGACACGGAUCUACAGGAAAUCAUCAAAGAAAUAAGUAUUAUGCAGCAAUGUGACAGCAAAUAUGUCGUGAAGUAUUACGGGUCCUACUUCAAAAACUCCGAUUUAUGGAUUGUCAUGGAAUACUGUGGCGCCGGCUCAGUAUCUGAUAUAAUGAGGCUGAGACGAAAAACUCUGACAGAACAAGAAAUGAGUGCUGUUCUGAGAGACACCAUCCAGGGUCUUCGUUACCUUCACGAUCUGAAGAAGAUUCAUCGCGAUAUAAAGGCCGGAAACAUUCUUCUGAACACUGAAGGUCAAGCGAAGCUAGCAGAUUUCGGUGUAGCCGGCCAGCUGACGGAUACCAUGGCCAAGCGGAAUACUGUAAUUGGCACACCUUUUUGGAUGGCUCCGGAAGUCAUUGAAGAAAUAGGUUACGACACGAAAGCUGACAUCUGGUCGCUAGGAAUUACUGCCAUUGAAAUGGCUGAGGGUCGACCUCCGUAUGCUGACAUCCAUCCAAUGCGCGCAAUUUUCAUGAUUCCCACAAAACCUCCGCCAACCUUUAAAAAACCGGACGAAUGGAGUCCGGAAUUCAAUGAUUUUAUUAAGCAAUGCUUAGUCAAGAAACCGGAUGACCGCAAGACGGCCUCUCAAUUAGUUGAGCAUAGCUUCAUCGUCAACGCUCCAGGACCCGAAGUUCUUCAAGCGAUUAUAAGAGAUGCCAGUGAGAUACAGCUGAAUAAUAAGAAUGCACCACCAGCAGAACCAGAAGCUGCAACUAUCAUCGGGACGCAGAUGGAUGGAAAAACGCUACUGACUGGAAACAACGAUCAAACUUUGGUCGAAAAUCCUGCCGCAGCUGACCAGUUCCUGACCGCUUUGAGUCUCAAGUCUCAGAUGGAAUCUCUUCGUAUUGGUGGACAAAUCCCAGGGUCAGUAUUAGGUGCUCCACCACCAUAUCAGAAAGCUGGUUCACUAGUUGAAAAGCCCGAGUACCAGAUGACAACUACGGAUACACCAGUUGGAGAGUCUGGAUCGUCAACAAACUCGAGUAUAUUAAAUACUGAAGCCGAGUAUGAAAAUCGCUUCCACAAGUCCAUGGCUGAUGGCGACUACGAAUUUCUGAGGGAGCUCUCAUUGGAUGAGUUACUGCGACGGAAAAACAAUCUUGAAGCGGAAAUGGAUGAAGAGUUGCGGGAGUUGCAGAGGAGGUAUCAAACGAAACGUCAACCAAUAUUGGAUGUGAUUGCCGUGAAAAAGAAUAGAAAUGCGAACUAACAGUCACUGGUCACUUGAAGAGGUGUUAAAGAAAAAGGAACCUUGCAUUUUCUGAGUACUUUGUCAUGCUAAUUGCUUAUCAAGUCAGGGAAAAGAAUGCCAUUGCACCUUAUUCUUGGAUGACUACUAAUAAUGAAACUUCGCAUCAUCUAUUUGUUGCUAAGCGAUAUUUUGAACAUUUCGAAGAUGGGUUACGUUUGUAUAGAUUUCAACUGCAUAUAUUAUGUACGCUACAUGAAUGCCCUAAUGAUAAAUACAUAUCUUUAACAAGCUAAACAAAUG